CACCCCACUUGAACUUGUCCAAAUUCUAAUUUUCAAGAAGAAAAUAAACUUUAUACUAUUCCAUUUUUAUUUUUAUUUUAAAGAAAAUUCAUGUAUCCACAUAGAAAAAAUACAGCGUCCUCAAUCUUGGAGGGUUUUUCACUAAAUCCUUUACCAUAUCCAGUUUUAUUAUUUUUAGGUGUUAUAUUUAUAUUUCUUGGUAUUCAAUGGUUUGUUUCGUAUGAAGAAGUGAUGGAAGCUACUGAAGAAAGUUUUGGUUGGAUACUUAUGAUUGUGCCACUUGUUUUGUUAUUCGCCGUCAAGUGGUUAUCCACGGUGGACCCGCCAGAUUGGUUUUUUGGCGGGUCACCGUGGGACCGACGGCGAAGAACGUAUCAACUGCCGUCCGAAGGAAGCUCACCGUGGGGGGUGGCUGCUUUAAUUGUGUUGUUACUAAUAUUGUUGCAAUAUCAGUCUACUUUUCUUGAUAUGUGGUUUUUAUAAUUAAUUAUUUAGGAUGUGUUAAUUAAUUAAGUGUGUAACUAUUGUUUGUAAUUUAUCGAAUUAUUAUUUUCGUUUGGAUAAGAUCACUAUUCAGUAAAGUGAAUUUCAUAUA